UGCCUGCUCAGCUCGAGCAGCCGCUGGGUCAGCGGGCAGCGGGAGCGCACGCCACCCUUCCCCCGGGCUUCAGGAUGGACCUGUGCCACCCAGACCCAGCGGAGCUGAGCAGCGGGGAGACAGACGAGCUGCAGCGGAUCAAAUGGCACCGGAAGCAGCUUCUGGAAGAUAUCCAGAAGCUGAAGGAUGAGAUCGCAGAUGUGUUUGCCCAGAUUGAUUGCUUCGAGACUGCAGAGGAGAGCCGGAUGGCCCAGAAAGAGAAGGAGCUAUGCAUUGGGCGUAAGAAGUUCAACAUGGACCCCAUGAAGGGUAUCCAGUAUCUCACUGAGCACAAACUGCUGAACCCCGACGUCCAGGACAUCGCCCAGUUUCUGUACAAGGGCGACGGCCUCAACAAGACAGCCAUCGGCACGUACUUGGGGGAGAGGGAUCCCUUCAACCUGCAGGUCCUCCAGGCCUUCGUGGACUGCCAUGAAUUUGCCAACCUCAACCUCGUGCAGGCCCUCAGACAGUUCCUGUGGAGCUUCCGGCUGCCGGGCGAGGCCCAGAAGAUCGACCGCAUGAUGGAGACUUUUGCCACCCGAUACUGUCUCUGCAACCCGGGCGUCUUCCAGUCCACAGACACCUGCUACGUCCUGUCCUUCUCCAUCAUCAUGCUCAACACCAGCCUCCACAACCCCAAUGUCCGGGACAGGCCACCCUUUGAACGUUUUGUGUCUAUGAACCGCGGCAUCAAUGGCGGCGGGGACCUGCCUGAGGAGCAGCUACGGAACCUCUUCGACAGCAUCAAGAGCGAGCCCUUCUCCAUCCCUGAGGAUGAUGGCAAUGACCUCACUCAUACCUUCUUCAACCCCGACCGCGAGGGCUGGCUGCUCAAACUGGGCGGUCGCGUAAAGACGUGGAAACGGCGCUGGUUUAUCCUGACCGACAACUGUCUCUACUACUUCGAGUUCACCACUGACAAGGAGCCACGGGGAAUCAUACCCCUUGAGAACCUCUCAGUGCAGAAGGUGGACGACCCCAAGAAACCAUUCUGCCUUGAGCUUUACAACCCCAGCUGCCGUGGCCAGAAGAUCAAGGCCUGCAAGACCGAUGGCGAGGGCAAGGUGGUCGAGGGCAAGCACGAGUCUUACCGAAUCUCCGCCUCCAGCGCGGAGGAGCGUGACCAAUGGAUCCAGGCCAUUAGAGCCAGCAUCACCCGAGUCCCCUUCUACGACCUGGUCUCUGCUCGGAAGAAGAAGAUUGCCAACAAGCACUGAGCUUCCCGGGAGGUGGUGCCAGGGGCCCCUGUGACCUGUGGUACCUAGAGACAUACCUCCCACCCUUUCCUGGCCCACAGACACCCCCCCUGGCCCCCACUACUUUGAACUAACAGGAGUUGGGGGGCGCAGGGCUCAGAAAGGUGGGUGGAAAAUUGGAGGGCUCAGGGGUGGCACGGACGCCCCCAGUCCCUGCCAAGAAAUGCCCGCGGCCCUCCGCCCCAAGUCCCUGCAGCAAGGAACGAGGAAAGCGGCCAAAGAGAAACCAGCCCCAGAACCCCCCACCCUGUCCCCGGCGUGGGCCUCCAUUUCCUCUUCUGUUAAACAUCACCUGUUCUCUGAAAGGCUGUGGGCCCUGAGGGAGGAGGGGCAGUACCGCUCCUGAGUGCUCCCUGCCCUCGGCAAGGGCAGCCUCUCUUCCUCCUGCCCAGGGGGGUUCUCAGCCAGCCCCUCCCCUGUCUUCAGCUGUGGCUUGGCCGUCCCUGCCAGAGGGACACGCACACCGCCCAGGACCGCUGGAAGGUGCCAGGAGCACCCGACGGGGAGCCCAGCACCCGAACUCUCGGUCCUCCCCCUGCCCCCCCCGCCCCCCGCUCCGUCUCCAGCCUGCUCGGUACCAUCUGCCAAGUCUUCUGCCAAGUCUUAGAAAACCGCAGAGUUUGGAUAGAAACACGUUGCCCCCUCCUGUCUCUUUGCACCCCCCACCAGCCCCAGCAAUGGCAAGAACCUGGAGGGGGCGGAGCCUAGCGGGGCACAAACUCCGCCUUCCUCCUCCCGGACUCUAGGACUUCCUCCCUUGGGUAGAAGAACCAGACUGUACUGUAUCGGCCCCAGGAGCUCCUGGCCGGAGAGGUCUGCGCUUGCAGACUGAGCAUGAGGGGCUCCGACUGAAGGCUAUUGGGAGGCCAAGAGCAGAGUGCGCUCCGAUCUCAAGGACGUCCAUUUUGGAAGCGGGGCAAGUGGGACUCCCCAAGAACGUGGCAGAGGGCAUCCCAGGCAGGAGUAUUCAAGUAAGGCUGGUGGUACAGCCAAGAAGCCCAAGAAGAGAGAGCUUUGUGGACUGUGGUUACCAGGAGGGCUGCCUGGAGGCAGCGCCCGUGUCAGUGAGUGACGUAGAAGCUUGUGGCAGAGUCUCAGCUGCCUCCUCCCCACUGGACCACUGACCAGGGGUCCUGGGGUGGUAAAGGGCUGUCCCGGCCGGGUCCCAGCACCAGCAAGAGUCGAACUGACUUCCCAGCACACAGGCAGACAGCUCUGCCUCCGGGGAGGGCCCAGCCUGGAGGAGGAGUCCUGGAACAGCUCCUUCUCAGAAGCCCGACUCACCCUCUCGCCCAAGCCCCCGGGGGAGUCCCCUGGAGGGAAGUUCCCUGGCAGGAAAGCAGGAGAGGGAGGUGCCUCCGCCCCACUGCCAGCCUGAGUGGGCGAGCCAGAGCUAGGUGGAUUCCCCAGGGAAGGGGGGCAAUCUCUCCUCCCCCCACCCCCUGGGACGUGGGCACACCUUUCAUGGAGUCAGGAUAGGCAAGCUGCCUUGUAAGUGUCACCACUCCCCAAUCCUCAUUUCUGGAGGUGUGCAAGUGCCUGCUAAGGAGGUGCUCCCAGAGUGGGUGUGGAUUAGGCCUCUGCAGGGGGUCUUGGAGGACAUUUGAGGACUUCCACAGACCCCAUGUGGGCCUGGGAGCUGAAUGCCACCUCUGCCACCCCAUGGGGCUCCUGAAGGGACAGCCGGCGGUCAUGGGAGGAGCACUGGGCCGAGGGUCAUGGGCUCCCAGGUCCUCUCCCGCCACCGGCAUAGCCUGGCUGUGUGGCCUUAGUCCACCCGUUUCCCUCUCUGGUCCCCAGCACCUCCCCCCCCCCCAUCACUGAGAGGGAAGAAGCGGUGAUUUUUCCAGGCCCGAGUGGCCGUUCUGGGAAUCACUCAGAGGAGAGAAUAAAACUCAUGACGCACUC